UGAUGGUCUUGCUUAAAAUUAAGAAGCCCAUUUUGCAUUCAACUUUGUGUAAUAAUGUGCAUUUGUUUUUGGACUAAAUAUUUUAUAAAGACGCGAUCGACGUCGGAGGACGCACCAGGAAAUGAGCAGACAUCCGGAGCGGAUCCUGGGCUUGAACUGGAUCAUGUUUCGUCGGAAGCAGAUUCAGGGCAAACGGCCGAUCGAAAGCAAAACAAUACGGCAGGCCGGGAAAAUAAGAAAAUCACGGGAAUCGACGAGGACGGAAAACGACACAUUUCCAAAAGUCAAAUGAGAGAAUUCCGAGAAGCCUUCCGUCUCUUCGACAAAGAUGGUGAUGGUUGCAUAACUAAAGAAGAACUGGGCAGUGUAAUGAGAAGGUUAGGCCAGUUUGCAAGAAUGGAAGAACUGGAAGAAAUGCUAUCAGAAGUCGACAUUGAUGGUGAUGGAAGUGUUAGUUUUGAAGAAUUCGUCGAAAUUCUAUCUAACAUGGCUGCAAACUCUCCUGGAUUUAACAAGGACGAGGAAGAAAAAGAGUUACGAGAUGCCUUCAGAGUAUUUGAUAAACAUAAUCGUGGUUACAUAACAGCUUCGGAUUUACGAGCAGUUCUGCAAUGUUUGGGUGAAGACUUAAGGGAAGACGAAAUCGAAGAUAUGAUCAAAGAAGUUGAUGUUGAUGGUGAUGGGCGAAUAGAUUUCUAUGAAUUUGUGAAUGCCCUGGGUGAGCCUGAAAUGAGUGAAUCUCAAGAAGAUGAAGAAUUUGACGAAGAAAUGUACAGUGAGCAAAAUUCACCUCUGCCAGCCACGACCAUAGCCACUACAUGA